UAUUUUGGCUUCAAUUUUAGAUUUCAGAAUUUUUUUUCCAAUAAAAAAUUCGAAAUUUAGAUUUUACUCAUACUUUAUUCAAAAAUUUUAUAACCUAAUCUUUUAAAACUUCGAUAAACUUUUCAUAAUCUCGACCGCAGUGCCUUUCAGUACUUAUUACUGAUGCGUUGCAUUUAUAAGAACAUUGUCAAAAAUGACGAACGAAUAACAAGUGCAAACGAAAAACUUUUUUUAAGUAUCGUCUGAAAAAAAUGUAAAUAAGUAUUUCCCCAUAUUUUAAUGAGGACUACAAAAAGAGCAUAAAGAUCAAAGCAGAAUAGAACUGUCUGUCGCCGGGAAAAAAAUAAAAACAAACGAUUUAUUUUUAUGACCGGCUUUAAAAAAUAAAAAAAAUUACAGAAAGGUAUCCAAAAUAUUCGCUCUUAACCACUCUGCAGGUUCCAGACGAUGUUCCUGUGAGUGAUUGGUCUCAGCUAAAAUCCGUUUUCUCCGAACUCACACCCACACGUUUUAUGUCACAGAUGUCGCGAUACACGUGAGGCAGUACAUUACACCGCCGUGAAGUAUUCUCUGGCGCGUAAAGGAAGUGUUUUCUUCGACUUUAGUACAGUGUAGCAUGGCCGAAGGUCCUGCCAGUGCACAUGAUAUAGGCGAAGGGAGUGAAUUUAUGGACCAGCCCUCGACCAGUAGCUCCGCUAGCAGAGAUUCUUCUUCGAAG